AUGACGAGACGCAUCAUUCCAGUUGCCGACUGGGCUCCAGCUCAAGAAGCCAUGUAUUCAGAACCCUCCUCCUCCUUCAGUCCUUCGAGAGGCAACCCCGUGCUAUACGAACCCAUCAUGCCCUCCUACGAAGCGCGGCCACGAGCCAUUAACUUUUCCCUCCUCCGACGUCGACCCAAGUCCCUCGUGAUCGAAUCAUCGGACACCAACAUGGCUGUCCCAUUCCUCGAAAGACACAGUCAUAUCCGUUCAGAAAGCGCUUUUGUGGGGCAUAGUCAUGCGUCGAAACCCGAAAGCUCCUCGUCUCUUCGGGGCAUCAUACGACGAGCCUCGACUUCCCUGAGAGUGAAGCUACACCGCCGGCCAACCUUGACGAACAGUUCGAUUUCUGAAGAGCCUUACCUUGAGGCGAGACCUGCUACCGCGCAUGCGACCUGGCACCGACUGCGACAAGCUGCGAGCUUCCGCCAACAACGCCCGGUCUACGGAGAAUCGAGCGAACCGCCUAACCAUCAGUUAGACCACCUCACCGAGGCCAUGGCCGCUCUCCCAGUCCCCAGCAUUGGUGGCGAACCCCCUAUAAUACCUCACAAUACUGGGGCCGCUGCCAAGGCCUCCGUGGCCGAGUACUUGAAUCUUUCGGGGGCCAGCUCGAGCGAUCAAGAGUCUGUUUCCCAUGGGCUCCGAAACAAAUGGCUUGCCCACGUGCCUGGGGAAGAAUGUGGAAACGAUCGGGAAAGUGGGAUUGGAAUCACCGUUGCUGGGUCUGUAUCGGAGGCAGACCUGACAGACUCCAAGCGCGCCUCUCUUCGGACCCAGGAUGGCACCAUCAGUCGGAUAGAUUUCAUCACCCAGCUCCCGACUGAGCUUGCGAUCCAGAUCUUGUCCCAUCUUGAUGCUUCCGGACUUAUGACUGCAAGUCAGGUCUCUUGGGACUGGCGAGCGGCCGUGGCGAAUCAGCACGUCUGGAGGGAGUCUUUCUUGCGUGAAAAGACGGCGACUUACGCCACGAGUGGACCGAUCAAGCCUGGUGCUGGCCUCGGAGUUCCGACUGUUAAACCUAGUAAUAACUGGAGAGAGAUUUAUUGCGCCAGAGAGGAGCUUGAUCGGCGGUGGAAGCGGGGAGAGGCGAAGCCUGUGUACUUGAACGGGCACUUGGACAGCAUUUACUGCCUUCAAUUUGAUGAAUUUAAAAUCAUCACAGGCUCAAGGGACAAGACCGUCAGGAUAUGGGACAUGCACACCUACGAGUGCAAGCUUGUUAUCGGACCUCCUGAGGUCUUGAGCGAUAUAUCUGUUCUAAUUGACGAGAGCAAGCAGCCAGUCCACUACGCCACGCUUUCAAACAACCAACGCGUGGCCCACUCGAUGCCAGCUCUAGUCUCUUUCCCAGUUCACCACAAAGCGUCCAUCUUAUGUCUCCAAUACGAUGACAAGAUCCUGGUCACUGGAUCCUCGGACGCCAGCUGCAUCGUAUACAAGGUUAAUUCUGGCUACCGUCCAAUCAGGCGCCUCCGACGCCACGACGCGGCAGUUCUCGAUCUCGUUUUUGACGAGAAGCACAUCGUGACGUGCAGCAAGGAUAUAAGCAUCUGCGUCUGGGAUCGAGAAACGGGCGCGUUGCUCCGACGGCUCAGAGGCCAUGCCGGUCCGGUCAACGCGGUUCAGAUGCGAGGUAACACGAUUGUGUCGUGCUCGGGCGACUUCCGCGUGAAGCUAUGGAACAUCGAUACGGGCAAGAACAUUCGCGAGUUUGCCGGCCACACCAAAGGCCUCGCCUGCUCGCAGUUUUCCGAAGAUGGUCGUUACAUCGCGUCGGCCGGAAACGACAAGGUGAUCCGAAUCUGGGACGCCAACACCGGCGAGUGCCUGCGCGAGAUGAAGGCCCACGACGGUCUCGUUCGGAGUCUCCACAUCGACAGCGUCAGUGGGAGACUCAUCAGCGGUAGUUACGACACGGACAUUAAGGUCUUCGAUAUGGAGAGCGGGUCCCAACUUCUUGACUUCCCUAAAUGGCACGCUAGUUGGGUGCUAAGCGCCAAGAGCGAUUACAGGAGGAUAGUCAGCACCGGCCAGGACCCGAAGAUUUUGAUUCUCGAUUUUGGUGCCGGAGUCAAAGGUAUAGAGGCAUUGGAGAGUACCGAGCGACAGGGCUCGGACGGCGGUUAUAUUUGA